AUGUCGUUGAUGAAGCGAUAUUCGCGAGAAAAGGCUCGGUCCCGUCGUGGUCGCAUUUCCUCCUUGGAGAAUACUUUGUAUCACCUUAGUCGCCGCGAACAGAAUGGUGAUGAUGUGGCUCGUUUCAUUAAGGAAACCAAAGAUCUUCUUGAGCUUGAACACCAGCAUCGUGCAGAUGGGGCUAAGCUUCGUGCUAAGGAACAAUGGGCAGAAGAGGGUGAAUCGUCAUAGUCUUAUUUUUUCCGUCUUGAAAAGUCUCGUGCCAUCCGUAAGUUAUUCACUGGAAUUCCGAAUGCGCAAGGAGUUGUUGUCCAUUCUGUUUCAGCUAUUAUUCGUGUCUGGUGUCUUUUUUAUGUGCAAUUGUUUACCGCCUGUAUUCUUGCUCCAUUGAUAUUCUUGCUCCAUUGAUAUUACUCCUGCUGAAUGUCUUGCGGCCCUUAACAGUUUUCGUAAUAACAAGACGCCUGGCAUUGAUGGUUUGCCUUAUGGAUUUUAUAAGUGUUUUGGGGAUGUUCUUAUGACUGUUUUGUACAAGGCUCAUUGUCAUUUACACAGCAUACUGGACUCAUUUCCUUGCUUUAUACGAAGCAUGAUAAGCUGGACACUAAGAAUUGGCGCCCUAUUUCUUUGUUGUGCACGGAUUACAAGAUCUUGGCCAAAGUUUUGACCAAUCGUCUGAAAUCCGUCAUCUCUUCGGUCGUUUCAUCUUCCCAAACCUGUGGUGUUCCUGGUCGUUUUUCUAGUGAAAGUGUUCGUCUCCUCCAGGAUAUUAUCAAUCAUUCAAAUGGCAAUGACAUUGGUGGUGCUCUGAUUUCACUUGAUCAGGAAAAGGCUUUGGACUGGUCGUUUGUGCAACGUGUUUUGGUGAAAAUGAACUUUGGUCUUUUGUUUCGGUCUUGGGUGCAGUUGCUGUAUUCUGGCAUUUCUUCCCAUGUCCUUGUCAAUGGUUUCACCAGUGAAGCAUUUCGUGUGUCGCGGGGUGUUCGUCAAGGUUGUCCAUUAUCGCCUCUGCUUUACAUUUUAGUUGCUGAAACUGUUUCUAGUGCUAUUAAAAAGGAUCCUCACAUUGAUGGUAUUGUUUUGCCUGAUGGUCCAUGUGUUAAGCUUUUCCAAUAUGCCGAUGACACAAGUAUUUUGGUGCGUUCAUAUCAAGCCCUCCUCUCUGUGUUCUCCCUCUUCGCGCGGUAUGAGAAAGCUUCUGGUGCGAAACUUAACGUGGGCACGAGUCAUGGCUUGUUAUUUGGUUCCUGGCGUACUCGUCUGGACUUGCCUGUUCCAUUGAAUUGGAGUAAUGUCGCUAUCACUGUUCUUGGCUGUCGCCUGGGUAAUGAUGAUGCAGUUGACUGGAAUUCGUUGAUUGAACGUUUUGAGGGUAAACUUUGUUUAUGGAAGCAACGCCAGCUGACCUUUUGUGGCCGUUCCUUGAUUGUCAAUAUGCUUGGGUUGUCCAUUUUCUGGUAUCAAGCUACCAUCUUUGACAUGCCGAAAACUGUAAUAUUUCGUAUCAAUAAACUCUUGUUCCCCUUUGUAUGGGGUAAGAAACGUGAAUGGAUGGCUCGAUCUUCCGUCUCGCAGCCGUUGGCACAAGGUGGUCUUGGCAUUGUGGAUGUCUCAUGUAAGUUAGCAUCUCUUCGGGCUGUUUGGCUUCGGCGGAUUUUUCUCAAUGCCCACAUUCUUGGACAGUAUUUUUCAAUUUCUAUGUGUCUAUGCAUUUUGGUCAACCUGUUCGUGAUGUUCUUGUGCGUGAUCAUAUCACUGCGUACUGGGUAAAGAAACUUCCCUCUUUCUAUGCUGACCUUAUUCGGGCUUGGUUGGCUCUUCGUGGUAAACAAGAUUCUGGUGAAUGGGUGAUCCCUCGUCCAUCUGCUGAUCCUCUUCCCAUUAGCGAAUUGACUGCCAGUAUCGGUUACACGUUCCUUUUGUGUCUGCGACAUGUUGAUCAUCGUUCCGUGGCUAAAUUCCGUGAUCACAGUCUCUCUGUCCAGUGGCCUGAAGUCUGGGCUAGCCUUCGUCUGUGGAGAUUCAUCCAUGCCGUGCAAGAUACAUCCUGGUUGUCUUUUCAUGGCAUUCUUCCCACAGCAGACCGUUUGACUCGUUUUGGCAUGCAUGUUGAUCCUCCGUGUUUUUGUGUUCAGCCCGAGAAUUUAUUACAUUUGUUCACAUCUUGUCACUUCGCGCUGGCCGUUCUGGAUUGGUUCCUGAUUCAGUUUCGUAAGUUCAACCCAUCGGUAACUUCUAUUCCUGCCAGUACCAUUUUAUUUGGCUUUCCCUCCAG